UGUGCAUAAAGUCACCGUAGCAGUGUUGUUCAAAUUAAGCAACAUUCUUUCUGAUUGGAACAAUAUUUAUCACAAUUCGAUAAAAUUUUCCAACGAGUUGCACUUGUUCGUCUGUGAACGUCAAAUAUUUGGAGUAAGAAGCCAUGCCUAAAGACUACUACAAGAUACUGGGCGUCCAGCGCAAUGCCAAUAAUGGCGAGAUCCGCAAGGCAUAUCAUAAGCAGGCGCUGCGCUACCAUCCGGACAAAAACAAGAGCCCUCAAGCGGAGGAGAUCUUUAAGCAGGUGUCCAAGGCAUACGAGGUCCUUUCGGACAACAGGAAGCGCAGAUGCUACGAUGACCGCAGAGACCAGGGUUCCCGAGGCAGUAGCCCGAAUCAAGGUAGCGAUUUCGGCGAUGGAAUGCCAUUUGGUAGCGGUGGCGGUGGCAGUGCCAGUGCCAGUGGCAGUGCCAGUGCCAGUGGCAGUGGCAGUGGCAGUGGCAGUGGCAGUGGCAGUGGCAGUGGCAGUGGCAGUGGCAGUGGCAGUGGCGGUGGCCAAAACAACUCGCGGGCCAGCUUUGGACGUUACUUCGACAGCAGGGAAUCGUAUUCCACGGUCUUCGAGGACAGCGACAGCAGUUUCGACAGCAACGAUGACGUCCCGUUGGGUGGAGAAGGGGGCGCGCCUAAACGCCGUUGCGUUUCACCCCAGUCACCCCAGUCGACCAUCGAACAUGAUGUAUACGUUUCACUGGAGGGCAUUGCCAACGGGUGCAAGAGGCGCAUGAAGAUCUCCCGGGCUUCGCCAAGGAACGGCGUCGAUGUGCUACAACAUGACAAGGUUCUCACUGUCAAGAUCCAACCGGGCUGUAAGUCUGGCACCAAGAUCUGCUUUCCCAAGGCGGGCCUUCAGCUGCCCGGCAUUGAGCCCCCCGACGUCGUGUUUGUAGUCCGGGACAAGCCACACCCAAUCUUCCGCCGCGAUGGCAACGAUCUGCUGUACACAGCCGAAAUCUCCCUGAAGGAUGCUUUGUGCGGUGUCCACGUGAUGGUGCCGACGCUUCUUGGCAGUCCGAUGGAACUCAACACCGACGUAGGCGAGGUAAUUAAUCCGAAAUCCGUCCGCCGCAUUCCGGGCUACGGAUUGCCCGAUUCCAUGAACAAUUCCCUUCGCGGAGCCAUCGUCGUCACGUUCUCCAUCCAGUUUCCAGAAGCCAUAUCCAAAGAACUCGCAUCAUCGCUCAGCGAAAUUCUGCCAGCCUAAUAAGUAAUCAAAUAUUCGUAUGGACACCUGGAGAUGUUAUCCGUCUAUAUGAACCCUUGAAGGAUCAAGGUCCUUGAAGGACCUUGGAUCAACAUACAUACAACAUAAAUCAUCUGAGCUCCACUUGUAAUAACAUUCUACUAUGUGAUUCAAUAAAUAUUUAUAAGCUA